AUGGCGUCCUCUCAAUUGAGAUCGAUUGGCGCGUUCGCACGCCAAUUGCGUCUUCCCCGACGUGCAUUUACCACCACUACUCGCCAACUCGAGGCUGCUGUCCCUGCAACUUCCAGAACCGAGACUGCUCUAGCAGAAGAGAGUCAACCCAAGCCUAUCGAACAGGCCCCAAACCGUGUUGAUGUUUGGUCUCGCAGCCAGAAGCCCCGGUCGAAUGCUAUGACCGGACCUCGUUUUGAACAGACCGACUUUGAUCUCCAGCCUCAACCUCUGUCGGCUAUGGAAAUGAUACACAGGGAGCCUGUCCGGUGGACACAUGAUCGCAUCGUAGCCUGUGAUGGAGGCGGCGGCCCUGCCGGCCACCCUAGAAUUUUCAUCAACACUGACAAGCCUGAAAUCGCGACCUGCAACUACUGCGGUGUUCCCUAUGCCAAUGAGCACCAUCGAAAGCACCUAGAGUCCCUCCCCAAGACCUCAUAUCCGUUGUCAUGA